GUAGUGAUUUCGCGCGUACGUCUCCGGGAUCGUAAAAAACCGAGGAUCGACCGACGUGACGGUGAUCUUGAUCGGGAUCGUUUUUUUUUCUGUGUCACGGGGUCUCUCGCCGGAGAGUGACUCGAUCUAAACGAACGAACGCUCGCGCGAGCACGCGCGCGCGCAUACGUACGCGGAUCGGGAUAGCACACGCGUCGGUUACCUGUUCACGGACAAUGGGCAAGGACGAUCGUUUCAGUUUCUCCCGACACGUUGUUUGUUUACCUGAUCAGACGUCGCAACUGCAUCGGGACGGGACGACACAUCGUUCUCAGUUCGACGUUUAAAUCCACUGCGGAAACCGUCGUCCACCUUCGACGGUUACGCGAGUCUUCGAUCGUCAGCCGACGACGCUUGCCACGCGGUUUAUCGUUAUUUUCGCAACCAGUGAACUCGGGAUCGCGAUAACGACUCGCCUUGACGUGUCUGUCUAGUUUCCAUAUGUAAAAAAAAAAAAAAAAGAAACGGGCCAUAGUGCGCGCUUCGUUGGAGUAGGAUUCUUUUGCCGAUUUCGAACAGAACGGGCUGGCAUCCCGGUUUAAACAAAACGACGGCAGGAGGACAAUCGUGCUCGGAGAGGCUACAGUACUACAGUCAUCGUGACAGACGCGUUUCGAGACAGGGAACACGAAUAGAUUCGUUCCACUGUCCACGUAAACGCGUUCCGUCGAUUCGUUCCCCCGGCGAUAGCGAUUCUUGCCGGCAAGAAAUCACGCGCGCGUCCCGACCACGAAGAACUGUCUCGUAUUGUGACUUUGUUGGUGAAGUUCGCGGGUGCAACGUCGAGGAAAAGUUCGCCGUGCAUAACGGAACAAAUAAUCGGUUCUUCGCUGAAAUAUUAAUGCACUUUCUCGGCCGCCGCGCCGCACGAAUUUCACUUCGAAAUCAUUCGGUUUUUUUCUUUUAUUAAGAUCCCGACAGGCAGAUACACAUUUUCUAGGAAAGAAGCCCGGUCGUUUAUCGCGCGCUGCGUGAAAGGCAAAUUGUGCGGAGGAAACCAGAAGAUCAGGUAACAGGCUAUGCCACAAUGGAGAUUUCUCACACUGUAAUGGAGUUUCCUGAAAUCCUGCUGAGUGCUGUGUUGUGUUCUACAAGACAUAAGAGAUCGUUCGAUGUUUCUGUUGUUCAUUAACUGUGCGGAGUAGUAUUUGUCUUGUAAAAUGAAUGAUGCCGGUAUAAUUGUGUCAAGCGGCCACCGCUGCUUGCACAGAGGAUUAAAAAAGUAUCCCAGUAUUGAUCAUAAGAUAUGGGAUCCUAGUAGUAGAUGGAUUCUUCAGUGGGAUAACAUUGUGAAGCACCCAGGUGCUAGAGCAAGAGGAUGCCAUUGUGACAUUCACAAGCCACCAUGGCUAUAUCCAGACUUAGUUGGAAAGAGCACAGAUGAGACAGAUAGGGCGAUUAAAUCAGCUCCUGUGAAGAGGUCUACUGCUGCUCCAAAAAGAGGGCAAUUUGGACCUGCAAAGGUUGCCCCUUCUGCAAUAGCUCAUCCUGGUAAUGCGCAGCAAACGGUUCCAAGGGCGACAACCGUGAAAAGAAUCGUAUCAGUAAAAUCAACAGCAGGUCAGGCUGGUGCAGUCGACGAGGAAACUUUCCUCACAGCAUUCGAAGAUGUGCCAUCAGUGAACUUGUUUUCAGCAAAGGAUCUGGAAGAACAAAUGAAAACGAUAAGAGAAAAUGUUGGCGAUGACAAGAAGGACUGGAAACAAAGGACCGAGAGUAUGAAAAAGUUACGGUCGAUCGUGAUCGCAGGAGGUAUAAACUAUGAGAACUUCAUCGAGUGUCUGAAAAGUAUGCAAAGAUCAUUCGAGGUGGCUUGCACGGAUCUCAGGUCUCAAGUCGUGAGGGAAGUGUGUAUCACGUUAGCGUAUCUUAGUGUACACCUGAAAAAUAAGUUCGCCAGUUUUGGAGAGGCAGUCUUGCUCACCUUAAUGAACCUCAUACAAAAUAGUGCCAAGGUCGUGGCAACAGCCGGUGCAGUCGCUGUACGAUUUAUUCUACAGAACACACACUGCAGUCGUUUUGUGCCAAUUAUCACCUCAUGUUUAAGUCACAAAAGUAAAGACAUACGCAGAGCAUCCUGCGAGUACCUGAAUCUAAUACUGCAAACGUGGCCUACCCAAAUAUUGCAGAAGCAUGUACAAACAUUACAAGACACCAUCAAGAAGGGUAUUGCGGAUUCGGAUUCGGAAGCAAGAGCUUUCGCCAGGAAAUCGUUUUGGGCUUUCAAAGAUCAUUUCCCGGAGCAAGCGGAAGCCUUGCUCAAUAGUCUAGAUGCUGCGUAUAAACGUUCUCUGAUGUCUCUUAGUAAUAGUGGCAGUAUUAACAGUUUGAACGUAGUCACGAGAUCGGCAAGCGUCAGCCCCAGGACAUCCAGACCAGCGAUGAGCGCCACAGGUAGUACGGAAAAUUUGCAUCAGACCACGGGUCAACCACACGGCCCGCUCAGACGUACACCGUCCUUGCCACGGUCUUAUCGUCAAUCCGGUAUCCCAGUUCUACAGAGACCCACUGAUAGUCAUUAUCGUGGAUCGCCAGGCGUUCGAUCCACAAGCGCCAUAGAUCUGCAAGCCGCACAAAGAGCGAAAGCCAGGAUGAUGUACGCGAACAUCAGCAGGCAGAAAGCCUCUCUCCCGCGUCCCAGUAAAUCACCAGACACCACAGCAGUGGCUAGUCCAGAAAGAACCGCAAGAACGAGAACGAGAAUGGCCGGAGUGUCGCAAUCUCAGCCCAGCAGUCGGUCGGGAUCGCCGUCAUCUAGGCUGAGUUACGCCACGUAUAAUCGCGAAGGUGAAUCCUUGAUCGCGAGGCCUAGGCGAUUAUCUGGGCAUGGGAUCAGAAGCACCGGCAACAGCCGCGAACCCAGCCCGCAGAGGUUCGGAAUGGACAGGAGUUUUGCUAGCAAAAUCCGGGGAAGGAAUUUGCACAUGUCCCCAACGGAUAGGCCUCAAUCCAGACCGGUGAUGGCACAGAAGAUGCUUCAACAGUCGCGUGAAGCAGAAUCGGCGUUGGCAGAUGCGUUCGACAACAUUGAUAAUUACCCUAGAACGCCCAGGGGUAAAGGUGAUCACAGCGACGACAGCGAAACCAGCAGUAUAUGCUCCGAAAGGGGCAUGGACAGUUAUAGACGACCGAAUGACUCGUUCUCAUGGAGUGGCUCCCAGCAAAGACUGUACCGUGAUAUGUGGGAUCAGUCUAUCUCGAAGGAUAUUAAGGAAAUUAUUGAAAAUUGUGCGCAUAAACAUUGGGGAGACAGGAAAGAAGGUUUAGUAGGCUUGCAACAUUUCCUCUCGAACGGGAACACGCUGACAGCGACGGAGCUCCGCGAGGUGACGGACAUCUUCACCAAGAUGUUCAUGGACUCCCACACAAAAGUUUUCAGUUUAUUCCUGGACACGUUGAACGAGGUGGUGGCCACUCACAGCGAGGACCUCGGCGAUUGGCUUUACGUCCUAUGCGCUAGGCUCUUGAAUAAAUUAGGCACCGAUCUCCUCGGAUCGAUCCAAACGAAAAUUCACAAGACCCUCGAUGUUGUCAGAGAAUGUUUCCCAGGCGAGCAAUUACUGCCCGCAGUAAUGAGGUAUCUCACGGAUCCAACACAAACACCGAACUCUCGUGUGAAAAUAGCCACCCUCACGUUCAUCACGCAAAUAGCAGAAACAGCAGAGCCAUCUGCGUUAAAUAAUUCCGCGGGGACUGCACUCGCAAGGUUACUCGAUUGGUCCAAUGACGUUAAAAGUCAAGACGUCAGAAGACAUGCACAGAAUGCUGUGAUAUCGUUGUACAAUCUAAAUCCCCCGAAAGUCACCAUGAUAUUGGCUGAGUUACCCAAACCGUAUCAGGAAGCAGCAUUACCGCUGGUACAGAAUCAUCUCAGGAAAUCCUCUGGCUCCAGCAAUCCAGCGUCACCAGGUACACCUCCUCCCAGAGCUCAAAGCUCCCCGGCUCGUUCGAAGCUCAAAGGCGACAUGGACAACGCCGAUGAGAACCUGGAGGAAGUUUAUAAUACUUCUCAUAGGUCGUUAAGACGCACCACAGCGGAAAUUCAAAAUUACGGUUUUGAACGUUUAGAAAGAGCGACCACCAGCAAAGACAGCGGUAUCAGCAAUAUGGCUGACGUCGAAGAGAAAAUGGAAGGGCUUACGUUGUGUAAUUCGGGUCGCUCGUCUUCCGUUUCUUCGCCCACGCAAAGAGGACGGUCCGUUACGAACAUUACCGUCAACGGAUCUAGCGAUACAAUCGCAGGAGAUCUCAUUCUGCCGCAAGAAAAUAAUGGUUACAAGUCACAUGCGGGACCGUUACCAGAUCCAUCAAACAGGCCGGAAGUUCUAGAUAAUAUGAUCAAAACGCUACAGUCGAAGAUGACGCAGACGGACGAAAAAGUACUGGCUCUACAAGAGUUCCAGUUAUAUGUUCGGGAAGGUGAUGCUGCAUUCAUCAAACAGCAUUUCAAAAAACUGUUGAAGACGUUGCUAGAUAGUCUGACGAACGACAGCAAGAAAAUGCAAGUAGAAGUACUUCAAACGCUAAUCGACAUGCUUAAAUGUCCCGAACUCGUAGACAGUUUCUCCGUGUACCCCGAACUGCUCGUACUAAAAGUAAUUAACGCGUAUAAAUUGGAUGAUCCGAAACAAGAUUCUUCCACUAGCAGCAGUAAUACCAGAUCUUCCGUUUUUUGGGUGGCAGAAAAAUGUGCCGCGACGAUAGCGAUGGUUCUAAAGCCAGAGCAAAUCAUUCAUUUAGUCUCAACAAUAAUCACCACAGAACCGUACCCCCUGAACAUGGGGGCGAUUAAAAUGUUGCACAAAGUAGUGGAACACUGGGGUCGGGAUGCGAUAGAACCGCAUCUGUCCAAAGUUAUGCCUGGUCUUAUUAAGGCUUAUGACGACAGCGAAAGUGCAGUGCGCAAAAGCGCCGUGUUCUGCAUGGUAGCGAUACAUCUAGCAGUCGGCGAGGAAGUAUUGAAACCUCACCUGAGCUGUCUGUAUACGAGCAAGCUGAAGCUUUUGAACAUCUACAUCCAACGUGCGCAACAGGCGAACAGUCAACCGGCUAGUCCGCGUAGUAAUAGCAAGAAUUAACUAACGUCAAACUCCGCGACACUCAGGAUCGCGAUACUUAAGAGAUUCGCUCGUCUGAGUGCGAGGCAUGAACGAAUGCUGUUUAGCUUCCUCAGUAAGUCCGAUCCGUGAAGACCCCGGAAACGACAAAGUCGAAGACUUCUCACUUCGAACAUUUAUAUAGACUGAUCUGUCAAAGCAAGGUGUUUUGCGUGUGUGACAUGGGCUGAACUCUUGACAGUGAUGUUGCACGAUGAGAAACCAAUCAGUGUGCAUAUUUUGCGGCCCCAUUGUUUUGUUUGCCAAAAAGAACAAGAAAAUAAGAGGAGAAAGAAUUUAUACAUGUUGCAAUGUAAUCAAGGGUCGCCGAUUAUCCUUUUUCAUUUAUUCCCGUUUACUCUUUCUGGUAGCUCUCCAGUAUCGGUAUACGUGUUUUUCCGUAGAAGUUAUUUUUUUAAUGAUAUUGAUUCGAACAGUCAAUCGUCGAUGCAGGGACAACCGUCGCUCUAGAAUGUAAGAUUUUUAACGACUUUGAUAUUAAGUUGCAGCGUUGUUUCCGGCGAGAGAGAAAGCUUUUCUCGAGGAAGGGGAAAGCUUUCACCGUGUCGUCCGAAGCUCGCGGCUGACAAAACAGUAUCGUGCCUCUCGUCCACUCGUUUGUGAUUUUAUAUAUUUCUUGAAUUCUUCUUGUUUGCUACUCGUUAAGAUAUAUAAUGUAUGUAUAUAUAUACAUAUAUUAUGUUUAGAUAUUUCAGUGUAUUCUUGUGCGCCUCUCUUAGUAGUUUGUUACAAAGGCUUCGAGAGAAAUGUGAUUACCCUUGAGAACGAAAGUUUCCUUGUUUUGACAGUGCGACAUCACUGCCAAGAGGAUUUUGGUAACGAUCUGCGCGCAGAAAUGUACGCAAGAACGCCGAUUCGAUAUGUUCGGGGUCAGAGUAUUGUAUAAAAACGCGAAAGUGCGACCGAUUUAGAAACGUCGCUGAUACGAGAUCUUUCUUUCCCAGAACGAAACGGCUACAUGUCCUAUAUUGGCUCUGUAAGACCAGUGGGUAUGAAUAAAUUAUAAGAAGAACGUCCUUUUCGCAAUUCAGUAUUAACGAACACCCGUGCAACCGAUGUACAAUGGUCCGAAUCCGUAGAAAUAACGUUAAAUUCGUACCGAUCAUAUCUGUACAUUGUUUAUUAAAAAAAAGAUAACCAAAGGUCUUUUGCUCUAGAAAAAACUACCUCGUAGGGGUGACUCUGAGGAAAUGAUACUUUACCAGUUGUUUCAAAGCUUGAUUAAUUUUUAUCGGAUUUGAACGCUUAAAUUUAAUUCUCGUUUCGAUGGCUUCGGACCACUGUGCACAGUGCGAGCAUGAUCGUUGCGAGAAUUUGAAUUUGUGGAGAACAGAUGAUUUAAUAUUCGUUGAAAAAUCCAUGUGCUAGUCAGAUUUCCACGGACGCACAAUGAGAUUAACGUUUAUUGUCGAUAGAGUGAAAAAGGGAACUGUGUGCGCGACGUUGCCAAUAAUUAAUGGAAAACGCUGAAUCAAAGCUAACGUAAACGAGGUUUAGUAAGAAGAAAAACGUUCUGUGCCAUUGUCGUUUCUGUUCUACUAUAUAUAAGGAUGAAAUGAUAUAUAAAUAAUAAUAGUGAUCACCCUUCAUCUUUUCUUACUGCUAGGUCCGGGAUAGUUGAGGAAUCGAAUUCUUUGAAAGUCGAAUCAUCGAAGUAUUAAAGACGGAAAGGAAGAUAGUCAGCCGAUCGCGUGACGAAAUUCGACCGUGAUCCUUAUCUCGAGAGAAACAAAUUAAUGCGAGAGUUUACGGGUAACAAUUGAAUUGACGCGUGAUUUAAUAAAGAAAAGAAAAAAACGAAGAAAUAGAAGAAAGAUUGAUUAAACGCAGACGUCUCACCUGACUCGAUCCGAUCAUACGAACGCGUGUCGAUUCUAAUAGACGGCCAAACAGUGCCAAAAGAAGCUGUCGAAUGAUUUACGGACAGAGGAAAAAAAGCAAGAGAGAACAGAGAAAGAGCAUGUGUCUCGAGUGUUGUGUCAGCGCUACUUCUUUUACUUGGUGCCUUUGGCGUGGUCAGGACGAGAUUUGUUCCGGGGAUCGUCUUUCAUCGUCUUGUAAAAAGAUAACGCUGUCGUCGGAGCGAUUGUAGAAUGCAUAAAUAGGGUAGAGCGUCUCCUCCCGUUAUUCAUCGGUGUCGCGUUGAGAAAAACGGAACAGUGAUAAUUUUAUCUAGUAUGUUUCCCUAGCUAAUCGGGUUCUCCAUCUUCUUCGCAUUCGAUUGUCGUUACAUUAAUCGUAGAGGAACCAUUAACUGCUUGUACAGCGUGAUUUUACAGUCUGCGUUGUGAAAUCUGAAAAUGCACUAAGAAAGCUCCAUCAAAAUUAUCAUUUUCUAGCAAUCUGAGUGUUUAAAACGUGGUAGAAAAUUAAUUAUUAAAUAAUUUAAUAACGACUGCAAUUAUAUUCGUGAACCAACAAGUUAUCUUAUUCUAGUAGACGAUGUAUUAAAGAAGUAGAUUGCCUGUCAGUGAUCAGUAUCAAAAAAUUGUAUUGUAGAAAUGGAGCUUGCCUUGAAAGAAAAUAUUUGAUUGUUUUAUUCGGUCUGAGGUACAACAUAGGUUUUAUGGCACUGACUUUAAAUCACCCUGUGCUUGUAUCAUCGACGUCAUCAAAGAAUGUGUAUCAUCUAUUUUCAUAGAACAAUAGAAACCGCAAGACGAUAUUGUACGGACGCGAAUGAUCAUUUUCAACGAUUGCUCUUCACUUGGGACACUUUGGUUGAUGUUAACUUGCUGCAAUAAUUCUACAAUAUCCCUGGCAUGCUUCGUAACACAAGAAUAUAUAUAUGAUGAUUGUGCAGGUCGGUCCAAAAGAUAGGAGACUCGAAUACCUCUGUUGGAUCACAUUGCCACACUUACGCGAGAUUCAACGUUUCUCAUGUAUGGGCAUUAGAUAGCUGACUUCUUUCUCUGACGCUUUUCUGUGGACGUCGAUCUUCCUAUGAAUUGUUCGUCUCAAUCAGCAUGUUUAAAAAUUGAAAGAAUUGCUAUUAGUGGAUAAAUGAAUGAUUAGAAAACUUAUUCAGACCUUGUGCAAUACAAAAGUUAUAUUUAUCCUACUAGCUGUCAAAAUUUUUAGUUUUGAAGAUAUCUUAUGACCUAGUGAACUGAGAUUAAAAUUUAGUUCGAACAUCGGAGUCCAUGAGAGGUAUUCGUGCAUUCAGCUUCCAUAUUUCCGUAGAAACGUUAACGUUUAUGUUCGCGACUAUUCUUCUCGCAAUCCAUUCGUCGUCGACUUUUGUUUGAGAAAGAACAAAAAAAGAAGCAUAAUACAUUUUAGAGUUUGACCUGGUGUGUGCGAAUCGUGUAUAUAUAUACAUAUUAUUAAAUAUAGAACCUAAUGUAACUAUUAAUACGGAUUAGGUAGCUCACCGUCACUGCCUGCAGCGUUUUGGUCGUGCUGAGAGUCAUUGGCACCGCUAGACUCUGCGUAGUGUCGCGAUCGUUUAUAAAGAAACGAGAAAAGAAUAGGAAGAAAGAAAGGAGAGAAAAAUGAGAGAGAGAGAGGGAGAGAAAGUGGAAUCGCUUGUUUUGUUAAGUUUUUGAGCAUUAUUAUUGACAACAGGUUUUACAUUGUAUUUACUAAUGCGUGUACGAUAUUCGUAGGUAUAUGAAGAAUUAUUAUAACAUUGUAUUAACGAGGUCCUUGCCAAUUUUGCAUUACGACGACCGGAUGAUCAGGUCACGUGGAUGUUCAAUCUACGUGCGAAUCGUUCGUUACAUCGAUUAUAGGUAUAUCCCCGCUAUUUGUUUUUAAUCGAUAAAAGAUAAAAAAAAGGAAACUUCGCAUAAUGUUUAAUUGUAUCAGAUCAUUUCGUAAGUCUGCUACGCCGAGUGAAGUGCUAGGUUUACCAAUAAAUAAUCUACUAUUUAUUUUCAAAAACAUCUUCGUAUCUUUUUCUUCCUUAUAAAUAGACCGCGGAUCUUUAUGCGUUCAUUGCAAAUUAAUCGUUCAUCCCAAGAAUUCUUCUAGUCGCAAGAUGUGUUUACUCUCUUCAAAUGUUUUUAAUAAGAAUUCGGAUAAAGAUCCGCACUCUACUUAUAAACUAUGAUUCUGAAUGAAUGACGACUUCGACAACAUUAAUUGUCGAUUUCUUCACGAGCAAAUCAAAUUUUCUUCUUUCAAUAUACAUAGAAUAGUGGAUUACUUAUUCAGCACUUAACGAGUCUUGUUUUAAUCCAUCUUGAACUACGGACGUUAAUGCAAUCUUCGCUUCAUCAAUUAAAAUUUAACAUACGCGAGUUCUGUAGAAGUCUGAUUAAUAAUUUCUCAUUAAUUUCAGCGAUCUAUAACUAGACCACAGGUCUUGUUCGUCGACAGAUCACUUUCCAAAAAUUAGCACUAGAAAACAAGGUACGUUGCUGGUUGGAAGAUUGAUCACUGUGACUUUUCAUAUCGGCAGAAGACUGAAGAUCACAAAUCAUCGCACGAAUUUUCAAUGAAUACAAACUCCGAGCAGCCGAAGAUUUAAGAAAUGAUCUGUGCAUUAAAAGGGGGUCGUCGUAAACGUUCUCAGGUCAGCGUCCACGCGUCUGAAAAUUAUUUCGAAAACAUCAAAUGGGAAAGAAGAAGUAGUGACUAGCGUGUGGACACGAUCGUGAGAAAUCGUUCCGAUGUAAAACGAAAAGAGGAAUACGCUUCUGUGGAGUCGCGUGCGUCAACAAACGAUUAGCAUACGAGAUUAAUAGAAAAGAACGAUAAAUCGUAGGAGCAUCGUUUUCUCGAGUUUCCAAAGGAGAGAAGAAGAAGAAGAAGAAGAAGACCGUCUCGAUAUAUUCUAUUGAUUCUUGCACGGGUAAAGUUGUGCCGAUCCUUCGCUUCGUAAUGAUAUUCGUUCGAGCGCGUCCAAGCGAAUCGUAUAACGCAUAGGAUUAACGAGAAAUUUUUGCACCGCAGACAUGGCUAUUAAUUCUGUUUUGGCGAAAGAAUCGAUCGGCUCGUUGUUCUUUUUGUUCGGUUUUCGUUUCCCGUAACUUUCGACACGCACAGAUAAUAUAUAUUAUUAUUAUUAUCAUUAUUAUUAUUACCUAUAUAGGUGUACCUCUCGGUGUUCCCCGGCUCUAUCCCGAUCGCGAUCGUUUUUUCUAUCGAUUUUCCAAACAGGAAAGGGGAAUCCACGAGACGCAAUAUGUACCGUUGUUUGAAUCGCCGACGUAUUUAAUACGCUAAUCUUACUAGUGUUUAGAGGAAUAUAUUUUAUAUGCGAACGAUGAAUAGUCGAUUGCUUCGUAUUGUCUGUCAAUAAACGAGAUUUGAAAACACUAGUCCCGUGUGUUCAGAGUAUCGUGUGUUUCUUCGUUGUUUUCUUUUUUCUAUUCGUCUCUUCUGUUACUUUUCAUUGUUAAUCGUAACGUUAAAACGAUGUUUCUCCGCUAGUCGAUCGUAGUUAGCGUACUCCCUUUUCCGGAGAUGAAAGCAUGAUCACAAAAUUGACAGAAUUAAUACUCGAUACUGCUGCAAAACUGUUGCAAUUAAGAUAACGUUUGUAUAACAGAUCUGUUUCGUUGCAAGAUUUUCGUCUGGAAUAUACAGGGUGGUCUGAACUUCGUGGCUCGGACAGGAAUGGACUGAUUCUGAGUUCUCAAACUGCGUAGAACACGUUCUGGUUCCCUUUCGGAGGGCUUGCUCACGGUGCAAAUUGUUUAAACAGUCGUAUCGGUAACAGGUAGUCGUAUCAGUUUUCGAACAAUUACUUAUUCAAACGCUAGGUAAGAAUCGUGCUGUUUCUAUUUAUUUCGUGACACAUAUAUUGGUCGUGCUAUCAAUUUUGGCCCACCCUAUAUACUUUAUUACUAAAUGUCGACUUUAUAUGCUAUACACGUAUGCGUACAUUUAUGGAGCUCAUGUAAUUACAUCUCGUAUUUAAUUUCUGUUCGUCAGUUGACGGAUUCGCGUCUGAAUAAAGCCAAUUGUCGUAUACUUUGAAA